AUGGACCCAAGAGUUUUUGAGGAUCUAAAUGGUAUUCGCAUUUCUACAUAUGCCUUACCAACAAAUCAGCAAGACUGUGCUUCAAUGGCAGUUCCAUCUGGCUGUAUUUAUACUCCUUUGAAAAAAAUCGAAGGAAGAGAUAUGGACAUUUUAAAUUACCCUCCAGUUGAAUGCCCGAACUGUCAUAGCAUUCUCAACCCAUAUGCAGUUGUUGAUUAUCAAAAGCAUACAUGGGUAUGCCCUCUUUGCAAUAGCUUAAAUCCACUUCCACAGGCUUAUCAUGCAAUGACAGAAACACAGCAAGCAGCAGAAAUUAUUAAAGACUAUACAACAGUUGAAUAUCUUCUUAGAGAUAACAUGCCAGAAAGGCCAAUUUUCGUUUUUGUUGUUGAUUUAUGCUCUGUCAAUAAAGAGCACGAUUAUCUUAAGAAUAUCCUUCUCCAAACAAUUAGCUCUCUUCCUUCAAAUGCUCUUGUCGGUUUAAUCACUUUCGGAACAAAUGUCUAUCUUAAAGAAUUAAUUUACAGCGAAUGCCCACGCGAUUUCGUAUUUAAUGGCAAAAAGACAUAUACACAUCAACAAUUACAGAGUUAUUUAAGUUAUUAUCCAAAACCAGGCGAAAAUUCAAACAAUGUUAUUAUUCCAAUCGACCAAGCAGAACAAAUGCUUACAAAUCUCAUUGACUCACUCGAGCACGAUCCAUUCCCAGUACAAAAAGGCGAUAGACCUUCACGUAGCACUGGAGCUGCACUUCAUCUCGCCGUCAACCUCAUAAAAGCCAUUUAUCCAACAUGCGGCGGUCAUGUCUUACUCUUUACAUCAGGUCCUGUCACUCGCGGACCAGGCGCAAUCGCUUCAUCAAAGAGAGUCGAUUUAAUUCGUCAGCACCGCGAUAUAGAGCUUGGCAAAGCACAGUUCACAGAGCCUGCCAAAGAGUUCUUCAACAAAUUAGGCGCAGAAGCCAGCGCAGAAAAUGUUGUAAUCGAUAUCAUCGCAGCUUCAUUCGAAGAAGCAGGUAUUCAUGAAAUGUGCGGUGCUUGCCUUUCGACGGGCGGCUUCUUGCUCUCAUGCGAAACUUGGAAUGACGAAACAAUUUCUCAAUCGCUUAUUAAGUUCCUUUCCCAGCCAUUUAUCGAGUCAUCCGGUCUCAACGGUACUCUACAGGUCGCCUGCUCUAAGGGACUUGCUAUAAGAGGUGUUGUUGGCCCAUGCCUUUCAAACAAAGUCGUAAAUCCAUCAGUUUCUCAAAAUGUUGUUGGAGAAGGAGGCUCAGUUCAAUGGCAUGUUGCAGGUAUUCUUCCUAAUACAACAUUCGCCAUCUUCUUCGAAACAGCAAAUCCAAAGUCGAAUCCUGUUCCUGCAAAUUCUUCAGGAUUUAUUCAAUUGACUCUCAAAUUCCGAUCACUUUACAAUGGCUCUGAAAAAUUGAGAGUCUCUACAUUCCCGGUGAACUUCCUCGACUGGGGAUCACAGAAAGAGCAGAUUGCCGCAUGCAUUGACCAGCAAGCCGCCGCAGCAAUCAUCGCAAAGAACUGCGUAUGGCGCACAUUGAGAGAACCACUCUCAGAUACAGUCAAAUUCCUUGACCAAACAAUUAUCAACACAUGCCGCGUUUUGGGCUCCUACCAGAGAGGUAAGAAAGAUUCACUAUCACUUCCAGCAAGCAUCAUUGAUCUUCCUCAGUUUAUGUACCACUUCAGAAGAUCAUCUUUCAUGCAAACAUUCAACGCCAGCCCAGAUAGCACAGCAAGCGUCAGAAUGGCAAUGCUUGUUGAAGAUACAACAAACUGCUUGUUAAUGAUGCAGCCAAUGUUGAAAUCUUUCUCAAUCACUUCUUUAGAGCCUACUUACGUUCCACUCGAAAUGAAUUCACUCAAGAAAGAAACAUCUCUCUUCUUGGAUACUUAUUUCAGAGCAUUAGUUUGGUAUGGAAACGAUGUCGCUGCUUACGGACACCAGGGAUUACAGAAUGAUUCUCGCUAUGCAAAUAUUAAGAACUCUAUCGAAGGACCAUUGGCUGAGGCCCAAGAAGUUGUUAAAAUGAGAUUCCCAGCUCCUCAACUUGUUACUUGCGAACAGGAUUCUUCUCUUGCAAGAUAUUUAGUUGCAAGAUGCAAUCCAAUGAUGAUUGACCGCAAUAUGGCUCCUGGACAAUCAUCACAAGAUGAGCAUCUCGGAUCUGAUGAACCAAGUUACGAUGCUUUCUUCACAAAACUCAAAGCAAUUAUUGUCAAAUAA